GGCGAAAAUCAACUCUUUUCUGUUUUGCACCUUCUUUAAGAUUACGCCAAAAAAUGAAUUCAAGAAAAAAUCAUCAUUCACAUUCCCGUUCUAGCUCUUAUUCUUCUUUUGAUUCACCUUCAUGCUCUCCUUCUCCUCAAGGUCAUAUGAGCGUGCUAGGUCUAGGGAUGUUGAAGAAGAGCAUUGAAAGAAGAUCCCAAGUCACCUUGCUUGAAGAAAGAUUAGAAUAUCUUGAAAAGUCCCAAUCUAAUAUUUCGCAAUCAUCUGCC